CAUUGCCUCUCAGGUGCUUAGGCUAAUGUGCCUUUCUUUCACACAGUCAAUCGGAAUCUGCCUUUCUACUUCAAGAACACUCCGGAACUCACGGACCAAAUUCUCGUCUUCCCAAUCCACCGCAUUCACAGAGCUUCCAUGUCUUUCUCCGCUACUUUCUCGCCUCCUAUCAAUGUCUGUGCGCAAAUCAGAACAGGUUUCUGCUAUUCCGCUGCUUCCUGGUCUUCCAUGGCACCUACCUUGAUUCCCUCGGUGAAAACCUCGCUUGGCGCUUCGAAAUCGGCUUUUCUAUGCCAUAAUUUGCCUCUACAGUCGUCAAUCUCUCGCCGUGUUUUCUCGAAAGCUCAAUUUUCUGGUGUAUCUGCCAGAGCAGCUACGGAGAAGAGUAUUCACGAUUUCACUGUUAAGGAUAUUGAUGGCAAAGAUGUUUCUCUGAACAAGUUCAAAGGGAAGGUUCUCCUGAUAGUAAACGUUGCUUCUAGAUGUGGCUUGACGACGGCAAAUUACUCAGAACUGUCACACUUGUAUGAGAAGUACAAAGCUCAAGGAUUAGAGAUUCUGGCUUUUCCAUGCAACCAAUUUGGAGGCCAAGAACCUGGGUCCAAUCCAGAAAUCAAACAGUUCGCGUGCUCAAGGUUCAAAGCAGAGUUCCCAAUCUUUGACAAGGUUGAUGUUAACGGUCCAAAUACUGCCCCAGUAUAUCAGUUUCUCAAAUCAAGUGCCGGAGGAUUUUUGGGCGAUCUUAUCAAGUGGAACUUCGAGAAAUUUUUGGUGGACAAAAAUGGUAAAGUUGUUGAGAGAUAUCCACCAACAACAUCACCUUUUCAAAUUGAGAAGGAUAUCCAAAAGCUUGUAGCCGCCUAAAAGCUAGAGGCGUUGAAUAAGUUUGUAGAAGCUGAAUCAUGGGAGGAAGAAAAGAAAGGGAACAGAUUGUACAUACGUUUAUCGUCGUAGAGGCUCAUCGAAUUGUGCUGGUACUGUGAAUGAGUGGAACUUCUAUUUAUUUCAUCUCUUUUAAUUUUCCGGUGUU